AUGGCAAAGAUUCAGAGGAGGGAGGAAUUGGAGAAAGCAGAGGACAUAAAGAACUCUGUUGGGUGCAUGCUCAUCAUCCAGAGUGUAGGGAAGAGGAGGAGAGAUGGGAAUCUGGAGAAGAAACAAGAUGGUACAUCUCAGCCUUCUGGUCAAGCAUGCCAAAAUAAUAUCAAAGACCUUGAAAAGGAAGUCAAAGGAGAUACCUUUAAAGCUGUAUUUCAUCAGACUGGUGCAUUAGGGAAAUCUAAGGAAAAUGGAGAUGAACAUAUGUCUGCUUCUGUGAAUAGAAAACAAAAUUCCUCUUUUCUCCCUGAAGAAAAGAAGCAACCUCCAUCUGACAGCAAAAUAUGUAGGGGAAAGGAAAAUGAUGAUCCUCCUUUGGCCAUCUCUCACCAACUAAAGAAAACAUUACCAGUGGUCAUGUUUAAUGACUGUGAAGAAUCAUUAUCAGAAAAAAUUACACAAAAAGAUUUCAAAAGCACAGUAGAAAACUGUAAACCAGAAAAGGGCAAAUUUAUUACAGAAGUGAAAUGUGGGGCUUUCAAUGUGCAAGUAGAAAUCAAGAAAAACAUUUUCUGUAAAACAGAAGCACAGUUCCCAACAAAAAAGGUAUGUCCAACAUGUCACCAGCGAUUCUCUGCCAGGCUCACUAGGAGAUGCUACGCAUCUAGGAGAUGCUUUCCUAAAUACAAUAAUACAGUGGCAGAAAAAUUAAAACCUGAACCAUCAUCUAAACAGGGAGAAAUGAUCAGAACUGACAGCCCCUCACUGAAAGUAAACAUUGUAGGAAAAGAAAUUAAAGUUAAAUACGUAAGUAAGAAACAGAAUAUAUUAAUUAAUAUAACUCAUCCUAAAAGAAGGGGAAAAAUAACCAAAUACAGAAACAUUUCCUCCAAUCCCACCCCUAAGGAACCUUUCAGAUCUCCUUCACAGUCUGAUAUUAAGCACCCUGAAAAGCAGCAGCUUGAAAACAAGCACCAGAGUUUAGAUGGUUCACAGGCCUCGCCUCCUGUUGUGUGCACCAUACAGAAGAAUUCUGACACAGUUCUGGUUUCUUUAACCUCAACUCCCAAAAGGGAGAAAAAUAAGUCUGUAUCUGUAGUCUCUGAUGAUUCUGAGGGAGAAUCUGCCAUCUCUCAGCAGAAGAUUUUUAAAAUUAGUCACAACACCCCUGAGAAGAAACAGUUCUCUGGAGCUGAUGCUCUUCCCAAAAACAUUCUUCCUACUUCACAUGAUACUCUAAAGACCACACAUUUAAGUAAUAUAUAUUUAAGUAAAACACCUUUUGAGGAUUCUAAGGAUGUGGAUAAAGAGAGAAAAAUCAACUUUGCUGUCCCAGAAAAUAUCACAUCAGAUUCAAAUACACAGCAGAUCACAGAUGGAAGAAAUCCUUUGCUAAGUACCAUUACCAACAUCGUUCCCAUUCAAGAUGUCUCAGACUCUGACUUUUGUUCUCUGUCUUCUCUAAGCAUUCAGCUUUUGGGAGAAAAGACAACCAGUAUCUAUUGCAAAGGCAACAAAACUUCACCCACAGAAGGCUAUAAGAACUCAAAUUCUACAUCUUUCUCUUCUAUUCAAAAUGCUCUGAAGUCUUCUACCUCAUUCAGUCCAUCUCACUUAGAACCAAAAGAUACUCUCAAGCAUACAUUUUCCUUUAACCACUGUACUGAACUUGUGAUAGACCAUGAGAAAGAGCACAGUGAUAUGACCGAAACAAACAUUAACAAAGCCUUUAUAUGUAGUGACUCUUGUGCAAACGCACAGCAACUAUUGGAAAGGAAGAGUAUACAAGGUCCAAACGCAAGCCCUGCAUCCUGCAGCAACCUAGCUGAUGAGAGUACACUCCAUGAUAUUAGCCAUGGCACUGUGGAAUGGGACCAAACAGAAGCCCAGAAAAAUCAUCCAGAGACAGUAGCCUCUAGCAGAACAAAAGUGUCAGUCAUGACUUUCGUAAUUGAUAAGUUAGAGCAAAGAUUAAUUACUCAGAAUGAUAAAGAACACACAAUUGAUUCCAAUGGUCCCUUGGAAAUGAGAAACUCAAAAGAGUCACCCAACUCUCUGGGGAAUGUUGAAAAUGACAAAUGCGAGAUAAUACCAGUGAUAAUGAAUGCAUGCCACAGAGAUUUUGAAGACCUACCCAGUGAGAAUCAUGAUGAAAUCUGUUUUCAAAUGGACUUUCCACCAAACACUGCUGAGACCAACUGCAAAGUGUGUGCUAUGGAUAAGCUCUUUCUUAUAGAGAAAACACUACACAGUGGUGCAGACCAAUGUGGUAACCAAUAUGGUAUCCAAGAUGAAAAGGACCUUGAAUUAACGAGUUUUCAACACCAGUCAGCAGAGUGCCAAAGGAUUUCAUCAACAAAACCAGAUUCUGAAGGAGAUGAGAAUGAAAAGGACUAUUCUCACCAAAUAGACAUAUUGCUGUCUCCUCAGAAGCAAAAGGCAUGGAAAGAUCAGAACUUGGAAAUCAGUAGCCUCCGAAAGUUUUCCCAGGAGUUGACUUUUAGAGGUGCAAGAGCCAGUGAUGGUUCCCAGGAAGAAGCAAUAGACCAGUGGGCCAGGAGGAGGCAGCAAUUCAGAGAUGGCCGAAGAUGCAAUUCAACAGGAGGGAGCUCAUUCACCAGCAACAUCACGGAAGGAUCCAUCACCUCAGAAGAAGGCCGUUCUAUGGAUUUUGGCUUUCGAGUAGAUAUUGAAGAAAAAGGAUUCUACACAGAGAAUUUUCAUUCAGCAGCAUGGGUUUUCCAAGGGGACGAUGGGAAUCCUGAAGAUAGUCCCAGAUGUCUUAGUAAAAAACCACGACCAGUAGCUGUUCGUGAGCGAACGGUGAGACUAUUCAAGGGAACUGGAGAUUAUCCCUGGGGAUUCCGAAUUCAGUUCUCCAAACCAAUCAUGGUAACUGAAGUGGACACCAACAGUGCUGCUGAGGAAGCUGGACUCCUGAUUGGAGAUGUGGUGCUGUCUGUCAAUGGUACCGAGGUCACCAGUGUGGAGCACGCAGAAGCUGUGCACCUCGCAAGGAAAGGUUCAGACAUCUUGACUCUGGUGGUGGGAUCUGACAUCAGCCACUGUCCUAAUACCCCUCGGCCCACCUGCCGUGGCUAUCUACAUAAGAGGACUCACUCUGGCUUCGUGAAGGGUUGGAGGAAGAGGUGGUUUGUGCUGAAACAUGAUGGCUGCCUCCACUAUUACAAACAUAAAAAGGAUGAAGGAAAGUGGCCACCUCUACAGGUAAUAAAGUUAGAAGGUGCUGACAUUGGUAUUGAUAGCAGCUUGGGAAAACCAUUGGUGUUUAACUGUGUCCCUCAAUCUGGAAAUAGAAGUCUUUGCCUCUGUGCAACCUCAAACCAAGAAAUGAAAAGGUGGCUUGAGGCAAUGGAAAAAGCAGCCCAUCCUAUUCGCCAGAACCAUGUCUGGGAAGAUGUUACUCUGCACAACAGCAGUCUUCCACCCUUGGCCAUUAAAAACCCAGAGUGUCUGGGUCUCCUGCAUCAGCUGGAUAGACACGCAGACAUGUGGGUUCAGCACUAUUGCAUUCUGAAGGAUGGCUGCUUGUAUUUCUAUGCUAGCAUUCGCUCCACCCGGGCCUCAGGUGGCCUAUAUCUUCAAGGAUAUAGGGUGAGUGAACAGACCCAUAGCUUCAAACAAUCAGUAAUUGAACUCGAACCUCCAUCAGAAGAGUUCAAGACUUUCUAUUUCUGUGCAGAAAAUAAAACAGAAAACCAGCGCUGGAUUACAGCUUUGCAAACAUCUAUCAAAAAAUGGAUUCCUUUGCAUCAGGCUAUUCAAGACUUCAUGAAUCGACCCUUAGAGGAGACCAGAAUGUGAAAGGAAACCUGGGUCUUAAGAGAAAGGAUCCAUAGGGUCAUCACCAACUUGCUGUAGGAAGAAACAAAAUAUUUAUUGUUAUACGGUUUUUCAAAUGAGCAUUUCUCCAGUAUACUGAAACUUUGUGAUGAGAUAAUAAUUUUGCCUUUAAACCAAAGCACCAAUACUUACAGUGAAUUUCAGGUAUACCACUUCUAUUACUUAUUCUCCCUUCAGGUAGUAUACGUCAGCAUCAAAAUAUAAUAGGAUCCCCUACUCUCAUCUCUUGAAAGAAUAAAUACAGUAAACAUUCAUUUAUUUUAUCUUUUAUAUUCUGUGCUUUGGCUCUAAGCUUCCUAAGAAGUUUUCAACCAUGAAGCAGGAAGCUGAUAUUUGGGGAAAUUAAGAUCAUGGAAAUGAAAUGGCUCAAAUGAUGGGUAAAUAUUUCAGCUAAACAAAGUCUCUCUCAGGUUAUUUUACAAUUAACAGACCCAAGUGCCUCCCAAGACUUCCCAGAUGAAAAAGAUGAUAACAACUGUAGGUAGAAAAAUCAAUAAGGAAUUAGACUGAAUUUAGGGGAGAAGAUUGAAAGACAUGGGUCUUACUACCUGAACUUCUGUCACAAUGCAAACACAAAAUAAAUCAAGAAUGCUCUGCUCCUGAUGCUGAAAGUAAGAAUGUCAAAAGAAAUUCUAAGCAUUGGCUUCAUUUCUGAAUGGAACAAUCCUUUUGCUGUAUCCAAGAUGUUGUGAUGUAUUUGAAGCACUGUGACCUUGCUAAUGGAACAUGGAUCACACAUUUCAAGGAGUUCAGCUAUGAGGUUCAAGUGCUUUGACUCAACUCACCAAAAAAAAAAAAAAGAAGGAAAGAAAA